UUAGGGCUUUUAUUUUGAAUAACUGCAGUACUGGAACGACGGACGUCUAGCGCCGUCAAUGGCACUGAAACAAUCAUUGACAGCCAAUUCAAAGACGUCUUUGUCUUUAGCCCGCUCCCUCCUUUCCCAGAAUGCACCGCGACGGGCCUUUGUGAUUGUUGUCGAAAGCUGUUUGUUGUCAGGCGUCGGCUCUGAUGACGUCACGCCGCGUCCACGUCACGUUCCAGUCUCCUCCUGGCUCCCGAAGAAUCAUGACGUGACGUCACGUCUCCGUAGCGUUUCCGGCAGGGAAGGCGGGGCCCGUGACAAUUCUGCUCCAUCGCCAGCGACGCGGACGGAAAGGAAAAGGACGACUUCCGGGGAUUUGGAUUUCUAUUUUCAAAACAAAAGUCUUUCUUCGGCCUCUCCGCACGGUUCCGAGAGGCGCCUUCGCCAAAAACUGGACGUCGGAUGACGCCGAGCGUCGGAAGGACGCGACGAAACCGACGGCCGGCCCUUUGCCGACGGCGCUGGCGACCGUCUGUAUGUGAGAGCCUCUUGUUUUGAAAGCGUGGCCGCUCGCCCGCCCGCCUCAGCGGAAGCGCUGCCGAGUGCGGCUGGACGGACGCGGCGACCAGUGCGAGACUGCUAGUCGAGGGAGGCGACCUGGAUUGACGCGAAGCGGUCGUCUCGUCAAAACCGCUCGGACAAAAACGCACCGUAAUCGUCCCCGGGGGCGGCCGACAAGUCGUCCGUCGGUCUGUUCGCUAGCAGGAGCUGCUAGGCUAGCAUGGAACGGCGGCGGCACCGCGCCGCACGCUAACGUCGUGAGGACAGACGGACGGACGGACGCAAGACUCGGACUCGACGUCGUCGACUGGCGGCGAGAGCCCCGGACGAAAAAGGCGAUAUUUGCUCGGGAUUAACGUUGUGCGAACUCAAACAGGCCGGACGAUCUUCGAAACGGGGUCGGGAAUGUUGGCUCGGAGCUAACGAGCUAACGGAGCUUAUCGUGGAAGCUUUAGCUUUGGAGCCUGCCAGGCCGGAGCGAGCGAGCGAGCAUGUCGUCGUCAUCGUCGGCGGCGACGGAGCGCCUGAAGCGCCUGGAGGAGAUUCUGCUGGAGCGGUCACCGGCGGGUUGCCUGAGCGUCGAGACGCUCCUCGACCUCCUCCUCUGCGUGCACAGCGAGUGCUCCAACUGUCCGCUCAAGAGGGAGAAGCACGUCACCGACUUCCUGGACUGGGUGAAACCCUUCACCUCGGCCGUCAAAGAGCUACGACUGCACCGGGAUGACUUUGAGAUGUUGAAGGUGAUCGGACGCGGAGCUUUCGGCGAGGUCGCCGUGGUGAAGAUGAAGCAAACGGAGAGGGUUUACGCCAUGAAGAUCCUCAAUAAGUGGGACAUGUUGAAGCGAGCUGAGACGGCGUGCUUUCGCGAGGAGCGCGACGUGCUCGUGAGAGGAGACAGCCAGUGGAUCACCACGCUGCACUUUGCUUUUCAAGACGAAAACUACCUGUACCUGGUGAUGGACUACUACGUAGGCGGGGACCUGUUGACGCUGCUCAGUAAAUUUGGGGACCGUCUGCCGGAAGACAUGGCCAAGUUCUACGUGGCCGAAAUGGUGCUGGCCGUGCACUCGAUCCACCGGCAGCGCUACAUUCACAGAGACAUUAAACCCGACAACGUCCUGCUGGACGUCAACGGCCACAUUCGCCUGGCCGACUUUGGCUCCUGUCUGCGUAUGUUGGACGACGGCACGGUGCAGUCUUCGGUGGCGGUGGGCACGCCGGACUACAUUUCCCCAGAGAUCCUGCAGGCCAUGGAGGACGGCAUGGGCCGCUACGGUCCCGAGUGCGACUGGUGGUCUCUGGGCGUGUGCGUCUACGAGAUGCUGUACGGAGAGACGCCCUUCUACGCGGAGUCUCUGGUGGAAACCUACGCAAAGAUCAUGAACCACGAGGAGCGAUUCCAGUUCCCGGCAGACGUGAGCGACGUGUCGGAUUCGGCCAAGGACUUGAUCGGGAGGCUUCUGUGCUCGCGCGAGCGCCGGCUGGGAUCCAACGGGAUCUCCGACUUCAAGACGCACCCCUUCUUCAGCGGCAUCGACUGGGACAACAUCCGUUCGGCCGAGGCGCCCUACAUCCCCGAAGUGUCUUCGCCCACCGACACGUCCAACUUUGACGUGGACGACGACGUCCUCAAGAACCCGGAUGUCACCCCGCCGAUGUCCCAUUCCGGCUUCACGGGGCAACACCUCCCCUUCGUGGGCUUCACCUACACCACCGGCAGCCGCUUCUCGGACCGCGGUGGCGGCGAAGAGGCGGGCGACGUGGAGUCCUUCCAGAGGAGGAUCCGGAGUCUGGAGCAGGAAAAGCAGGAACUCGACCGCAAACUGCAAGAGUCAACACAGGCUCCGUCUACCGGAGGAACAUUGACUCGAGACAAAGAGAUCAAGAAACUGAAUGAGGAGAUCGAGCGGUUGAAGAAGAAGCUGGCAGACUCUGAUAGGCUGGAGCACCAGCUGGAGGAGGCGGUCACCCUGAGGCAGGACAUUGACAGUUCCACCUCCAAGCUGAAGAACCUGGACAGGCAGGUCAAGACUCUCAGACAGGAGAAGGAAGACGCCCACAAGCAAAUGCAGGAGGCCCUGGAGCGCCUGAGAUCUCAGUCCAAAGAACUGAAGGAGGCUCAUUCCCAGAGACGGCUGGCCCUCCAGGAGUUCUCGGAGCUUUCGGAAAGGACGGCUGAGCUGCGCUCCUCCAAGCAGCGCCUCUCUCGACAGCUUCGGGACAAAGAGGAGGAGGCGGAUACCCUCCUUCAGAAAAUGGAGGUCAUGAAGCAGGACGUCCGCAAGACCGAGAGGAACCGCAAGGAGCUGGAGGCUCAGUUGGACGAAGCCACGGCAGAAGCCUCCAAGGAGAAGAAGCUGAAGGAGCGCAGCGAGGUUUAUGCCAAACAGCUGGAGGCCGAGCUCCAACGCCUCAAGGGACGAGGAGCGGCGGCGGAGGGGCCCGAGUCUCGGCAAGAGCCGUCUCGGCUUUCGGCCGAACUCGACAAGAAGGUGCUGUUCUACGAAGAGGAGUUGCUGAAGAAGGACUCUGAGAUGAAGAAGUUGCGCAAAGACCUGCGUGACUCGGAGGGUUUGCAGUUUGCCGCCAACAAGGAGAUCGUGCAGCUUAAGGAAAAGCUGGAAAAGGACAAGCGGGAAAGACAAGCGGAGAUGGACGACGCCAUGGCCGUCAUGAAGGAAAAACAAGAACGGGAGAAGAACCUCCUGAUGGAAGAAAACCGAAAACUCGUCACCGAAACCGACAAGUUGUGCUCCUUCGUGGACAAGCUGACCGCUCAGAAUCGGCAGCUGGAAGACGACCUCCAAGACGCGUCGUCCAAGAAGGAGAGCGUGGCUCACUGGGAGGCUCAGAUCGCCGAGAUCAUUCAAUGGGUUAGCGACGAGAAAGACGCUCGCGGUUACCUUCAAGCCUUGGCUACAAAGAUGACGGAGGAGUUGGAGACGCUGCGCAGCUCCAACCUGGGCAGCAGAACUCUGGACCCCUUGUGGAAGGUGCGUCGCAGUCAGAAGUUGGACAUGUCGGCCCGUCUGGAGCUUCAGUCGGCUCUGGACGCCGAGAUCCGAGCCAAGCAGAUGGCCCACCAAGAGCUGCGCAAGAUCAAAGCCGCUAACAUGUCCCUGGAGAGUAAACUGAAGGACUCUGAGGAGCGAAGCAGCGAGAUGGCGUCGCAGAUCGAGUAUCUGAAGAAGGAAAUGGAGGACGGCCGUUCGCGAGCGGACAAAGCGCUGAACCUACCGGACUUCCAGGACGCCAUCUUUGAAUACUUUAACACGUCUCCGUUGGCGCCCGACCUUACCUUCAGAAACGUGGAUAUGGACACCGCCCCCACCAGAUCCCAAAGCAAUCCCCCUUCGUCAGCUUCGGACAACGAGGAUUUGAAGUCCGUGGCGGUGAGCCCUUCCCCAAGCUACCAAAGUUACUCUGGGAGCGCGCCCAAGCCCAAAGCGCACCAGCUGAGUAUCAAGACCUUCUCCAGUCCCACGCAGUGCACCCACUGCACGUCUCUCAUGGUGGGGCUGAUGCGACAGGGCUACGCCUGCGAAGUUUGCUCCUUCAUCUGCCACGUGGGCUGCAAGGAGCACGCCCCCCUGGUGUGCCCCAUCCCGGCCGAGCAGGCCAAACGACCGCAGGGCAUCGACGUCCAGAGGGGCAUCGGGACCGCCUACAAAGGAUACGUCAGGAUUCCUAAGCCCAGCGGCGUGAAGAAAGGUUGGCAGCGAGCCUUCGCCGUGGUGUCCGACUGCAAACUUUUUCUUUACGACGUCCCCGAAGGCAAGACCACCCAACCCGGGGUUGUGGCCAGCCUGGUGCUGGAUCUCAGGGACGAGGAGUUCUCGGUCAGCUCCGUCUUGGCCUCGGACGUCAUCCACGCCAACAGGAAGGACGUUCCCUGCAUCUUCCGGGUGACGUCGUCGCAACUGAGCUCGCUGUGUUGCGUGUCUCUCUUGGUUCUGGCUGAGAGCGAAGCGGAAAAGAGGAAGUGGGUGCGCAUCCUGGAAGGUCUCCAGAGCAUCAUGGCCAAGAACUCGCUCAAGAACCAGCAGGUCCACGUCUUGCACGAGGCCUACGACGCCUCGCUACCCAUCAUCAAGACCACGCUGUCCGGAGCAGUCAUCGACCGGGAGCGGAUCGCCCUGGGGACCGAAGACGGACUCUUUGUGGUGGAGGUGACCCGAGACGUGAUCGUGCGGGCGGCGGACAGUAAGAAAGUCUACCAAAUGGAGCUGUUGCCCAAGCAGAAGAUUUUGGCGCUGCUGUGCGGGCGAAACCGCACGGUGCACCUUCACCCGUGGGGCCUGCUGGACGGCAGCGACGCGGCUUUCGACGUCAAACUGAGCGAGACCAAAGGCUGCCAAGCUCUGACCGCCGGCUUUCUGCGGCCCGGCGGACCCGCCUGCCUGCUGGCGGGCGUCAAGCGGCAGGUGCUUUGCUUCGAGAUCACGGCGGCCAAACCCCACCACAAGCGUCUGUGGGAGGUGCAGGCCCCGGGGACGGUGCAGUGGCUGGGGAUGCUUCGCGAGCGCCUCUGCGUGGGAUACCCAUCGGGCUUCGCGCUGCUGGCCCUGCAAGGCGAAUCGUCGCCCGUGGGCCUGGUCAGUCCGGCCGACCCGUCCUUGGCCUUCCUGGCUCAGCAGCCCCUGGACGCCCUGCACGCCGCCGAGGCCGGAUCCGACGAGGUGCUGCUCUGCUUCAGCCAGCUGGGCGUCUUCGUGGACGGGCAGGGACGCCGCUCGCGCACGCAGGAGCUCAUGUGGCCCGCCACGCCGCUGGCGUGCAGUUCCAACACCUCGCACCUGACCGUCUACAGCGAAUACGGCGUGGACGUCUUCGAUAUCCAGACGGCCGAGUGGGUGCAGACCAUCUCCCUACGCAAGAUCAGACCUCUGAACGCGGAGGGGACGCUCAACCUGCUGAGCUCGGAAGCGCCGCGCCUCAUUUACUUUAGCAACACCUCGUCGGAGGGGGACCUGACCAUCCCGGAGAUGUCGGACCACAGCAGGAAGCUGAUGGUUCGCACCCGCAGCAAGAGGAAGUUCCUCUUUAAAGUUUCCGACGAAGAGCGACUUCAGCAGCGGAGGGAGAUGCUGAGAGAUCCCGAACUGCGGUCCAAGAUGAUCUCCAACCCCACCAACUUUAACCACGUGGCCCACAUGGGCCCGGGGGACGGCAUGCAAGUUCUCAUGGACCUCCCCCUGGUCGGUGACGUGGCCCCCCCCUCCCCGUCUCCCUCCCCUUCGUCGUCGUACUUUCGUCACACCCUCAUCUCCUCGCCCUCCAACUUUGAGCACGUGUAUCACAUGACGUCGUCGUCGGCCGGCGUCUUCUUGCUGAAAGACUCGGCCUUCUCCUCCUCCCAGCAGAGCCUCCUGCAGCCUUCUUCCUCCUCCUCUUCCUCUCCCUCCAUCUCCUCUGUGGGAAGGGGGGUUUUGUCAUCGUCUCAAGAGGACGCGGUGAAAGAGAGGCCCCGCCCCCUGUCCGGCAUCUCCCGCCAUCAGCGCAGCAAAACGCACAUGACCCGCACCACCUCAGGUAACUUUGGGGGCGGAGCUUCGCCGGCGGGCGGCGCCCAGGAGGCGGAGCACGAGGCCGAGCGAGAGGCUGCGCCCGGCGGCGAAUAUUGCGUGGAUCUCUCCUCCGACGCCUCCGCCGAUUGAAUUUUGCGGGCUGGCCGGCGUCCGCUCCGGCCCCGCCCCAGCCUCCGCCUCGCUUUGCACCCUACGAAAGGAAAGACGCGCGCUCUCCGGCGAGGCCGUUCGCCACCUGCCGCGUUUUCCGUUUUAUUCUCCUUUUAUUGCGGCGGUGUGAGUGAACUUCCUGCUUUUAUUUCGCUUUUAAGCCUCAUGUCGCUACGGCGGGCUCCGCCCCUUUUGACCGGGGGUCGACCGCUAAUUUGUACUUAUCGAAUCACUUCCCGUUUGACAAGGAAAAUGGAAAAAAAAAAAACACUACUGUAUCUGAGUUGCACAUUGUUGUCAUUGCUCUUGCUCUUAACUUUUGACCUCCAGGGGUCGGGUCAACACUACUGUUUCCCUUUUUUUUUUUUUUUUUUUUUUUUUUGCCAGAAUCACCAGGAAACUUUGUAAUGAGGACAAACAAUAAAAGUAUCUACUGACGCUA